AUGGCUUCAUACACACAAUCACCGCCGCAGAAUGGCUUCUACGAGUCUUCUGUGCCGCACCCACCUGAGGCCCUCCAGAACAGGGGCUUUGGCAAUGCUUCGCAACACGAUUUCGCCCAUGGCGAAAAGCCGCUCACUGUUGGAAACACUGUCGGUCACCCGACCCCUAUUACCCUCGAGGACGGAGGCGUCUAUCGCUCCACGUCCAGCGCCUCGACUGCUGCAUACACUGGCAUGACUCCGUCGCGUGGUGGCACUCUCAAGAAGAAGGCCAGUGUCAGCCGUAAGUCUAGUCUUGGUCGCAGCGGCAGUCGCAGAAGUCUCGCUGCAGGAAGCAUUGCUGGUGUUGGUACACCGGGCGCCCAUGACGACUACAACAGCGCCUUGUCCACUCCCAUUCCUACCCAUGGUAGUCCGACCGAUAUUCUUGCCAACCGCUUCCAGGGUAUCUACGACUCACGCAGCAAGUCCUUGUUGAAGGUUUCGAAUGUCUUGUCCAACUUCACACACCCAUCCGUUUUCAUCACCGAUGGUGGCCUUGCAGACGCCUCGCGCAUUCUGGGUGACUACCACAAGCACUCUGUCGCUGAAUCGAACAAAUCGCGCGACAUCGAGCAGGAUGUCAUCUCCGCUCUGACUGGUCUAAGAGCCGAUCUGGCCCAGAAGAUCAAAGAGAUCAAGAGUCUUAAUGGCGACUUCAAGAACUCGGUCGACAAGGAAAAGGACGCGACGCGCAAGGCUGUUGACGCUCUUGCUGAGGCCUUGCAACACGCAGACCAUGGUGACAGCAGCAAGACGGAUCCUUUCAUUGUCCGUUUGGGUGUGGACCGCAUGGUUGAGAAACAGAUUGAUGAGGAGAACUACCUGCACCGCGCAUACCUCAACCUUGAGAACUCGGGCCGCGAAUUGGAAUCCAUCGUUGUGGGCGAGAUACAGAAGGCCUACAAUGCCAUGGCCAGCAUCCUCAAGCGCGAGGGCGAUGAUGCUUACAAUACUGUCGAGCAGCUCCGUGGAGGACCCAUCGCCAUGCCCAAAGAUCUCGAGUGGUCGCGCUUCGUCGAGACUGACCCCCACUUUGUCAACCCUAGACUGCCUCUCCGCCGUAUCGAGGACAUUGACUACCCAGGAAAGAAUUCCCCUGCAGCCGCAGAGGUUAGAGCUGGUAUGCUCGAGCGCAAGAGCAAGUAUCUCAAGAGCUACACUCCUGGCUGGUACGUUCUAUCGCCAACUCACUUGCACGAGUUCAAGUCGGCCGACAAGAUCUACUCGCAACCUCCUGUCAUGUCUCUCUAUCUCCCCGAUCAGAAGCUGGGUUCUCAUUCUGAGCCCGGAUCCUCGUCGCACAAGUUCAUGCUCAAGGGCCGUCAAAGUGGUGGCAUGCACCGCGGCCACUCGUGGGUCUUCCGCGCCGAGUCGUACGAGACCAUGAUGGCUUGGUUCGAAGCCAUCAAGAUCCUGACCGAGAAGACUGGCGAAGAGCGCAACGCCUUUGUCCGCCAGCAUGUGCGCAGCAUCAGCCAGAACAGCCACCGCAAUAGCAUCAGCAGUGACGGUCUUGAGGAGGACGAAGCUGACCAGGUCCCUUACUCUGCCCAAUCCAGCGUCAUUAACCAGCCUAUUGGCGAGAAUCGUCUCCAGCGCCCCGUCCCAGGCGGUCGCUUCCCGUCUGAUCUCCAGAUUCCUCGUGCUAUGGCCGCAUCGCCUGACAGCGAGUCUGAUGAGCCCGACCACAGCACCAUUCCUGGUGUGACUCCUCUUCCCAAUGUAGCCGUCGUUGAACCUGCUCGUUACGAUGACAACCCCUACCGACUCCAGGGUAUUUCUACCCACGAGGAACAGCCUGCACAGCCAAGAGUACCCUUCACCUCGGCCACUCCUGGCUCUGUCGCCCAUGCUAGAGAGACUAUGCCUCUCAGAGAGGAAGCAUCCACACCUGAGUCUUACCAGCCCAACCCUGUUGACAACUUCAACCAAACCAAUUCGGCUCCUCAGAACAACAUGGUUCAACCUACUCAGACGUUUGUCUUGCCCGUCCAACAUGCAGCUCCAGCUCACCAGCUCCAGCCCGAUGUUCCAAUAAGCCCCAUCGAGCAGCCGCAAUCUCUAGCUCCUGCCAACAAACCGAUGAGACAGAACACAAACUACAGCGAGUGGAUGGCCCCCGCAGCUGCAGGACUCGGUGCCGGCGUUCUUGGCUCUGAAGCCUACCACCAUCAACAGAACAAGAACCUGCCUUCUAACAACCCCAUCGCUGAAGAACAGCAGACCCCUUACGAAGAUGAGCGCCCUCGCGAUUUGACCGGUGGUCACACCACCAUGCCCACUUCCAACGAAGCUGCCACCACCAACCCUUCGGCAUAUGCUGCCAACAGCGGCAUUUCGGGUGCCACAUACACUGGUACUGCUCCCUUUCCUGUCAUGAUUCCCAACUCGUCCAACGUUCCCCAAUCGCCCGAGUUCGUUUCUUAUAGCGCUUCCACAUAUGGUGCUGAGACUCCUGGAGCUCAAAGCUCUGACGGUCUCGGUGGCCUCGAGCGCGAGGGUGCUCACGAGACCGGGGCUUUUUUCCCUAAGGUCGUCAGACACGACACCGACAUGAGCGUUAGCAAGCUCCAUGUCCCUGGCGAGUUUCCUCCUCCUACUCCCGGAUUCGCCCCUACUGAGGACAAGGCUGAGAGAUCGCUGUCUCCUCGUCCUACAGUGGGCUCGCACGGCACAUUCAUCGCCCCCACUGCUUGGGACUUGGCAAGAGAGUAA